AUGUUUCGUUUUCCAGUGAGUCUUGGAGGUCAAGGUGACAAUUUGAAGCAUACACAACCAUCGGAUGAGCAGCAUCAUCGGCCAAUAAUGGAUGAGGUUGACUUUUUCAGGUCGGAGAAGAGAGAUGAUCAGAAUGUCAUCACCGAGGAAACUCAUAGGCUUCAUGUCAAAAGGGAAAAUUCACGUGUUGACGAUGAUGAUUAUCGUUCCAUGGGUAUCAAUACUGGACUUAAUCUUCUCACUGCGAAUACGGGAAGCGACGAGUCAUUGGUAGAUGAUGGAUUAUCUGUUGAUAUGGAGGAGAAACGUACAAAGAUUGAGAAUACACAACUUCGAGAAGAGCUAAAGAAGUCGAAUGAAGAGAAUCAAAGACUAAAGGAAAUGCUAAGUCAAACAACCAACAACUUCAACUCCUUGCAGAUGCAACUUGUUGCUGUCAUGAGGCAAGAAGAAGAUCAUCAUCACCUGGCUAGGAUCGAGAGCAAAGACAAGGACACUAACCGACAUGAAGCUCCUGAGAUGGUUCCAAGACAGUUCAUUGAUUUGGGACUACCAUCUGCUGAAGUAUCAUCCGAUGAGAGGAUAAAGGUUCGGUCAAGAUCUCCCCCAUCCCUUCUAGAGGACUCUAGCUCACGUCAGCGCGCAAAAAGAGUACUUGAGAUAGAAGAAAGCCCAGAGAACGAAUCGAACGGCUGGGGAAACCCUAGCAAAGUUUCGAAACACAAUGCCUCUUCCAGCAAUGGCAAUGGAAAUGCUAUCGAUCAAUCGGCCGCUGACGCCACCAUGCGCAAAGCCCGUGUUUCGGUCCGUGCAAGGUCCGAAGCUCCCAUGUUAAGCGAUGGAUGUCAAUGGAGAAAAUACGGACAGAAAAUGGCAAAAGGGAACCCGUGCCCUCGAGCUUAUUACCGCUGCACGAUGGCCGUUGGAUGUCCCGUUCGUAAGCAAGUGCAACGUUGCGCAGAAGAUAGAUCCAUUCUCAUAACAACCUACGAAGGAAACCAUAACCAUCCAUUACCUCCGGCAGCUAUGUACAUGGCUUCAACCACAACCGCAGCCGCAAGCAUGCUCCUCUCAGGCUCCACAAUGUCGAACCAAGACGGUUUAAUGAACCCAACAAACCUCUUCGCUCGAACCAUGUUGCCUUGUUCCUCAAGCAUGGCCACGAUCUCAGCCUCGGCCCCAUUCCCAACCAUUACACUAGACCUCACUGAAUCAGCAUCCAACGUUAACGGUCCGACGAAUAACAACCCACUGAUGCAAUUCUCUCAACGGUCUGGUUUGGCGGAGUUGAACCAAUCGGGCUUGCCUCAGAUGAUGGGCCAGGCUUUGUAUUAUAACCAACAACAGUCCAAGUUCUCCGGUUUGCAUAUACCAUCUCAGUCGCUGAACGCUGGCGAGAGCGUCAAUGCUGCUAUGGCCACCAAUCCGAACUUUGCAGCGGCUCUGGCCGCAGCCAUCACGUCUAUUAUCAACGGUUCGAGUAAUCGCCAGAAUGGGAGCAGUAACAGUAGUAAUAAUAAUGUUACGACGAGCAGCGGUGACAGGCAAUAGCAUUUAAAAAAAAAAUUGUUUUAGGUUUGUUUAUCGGCCGAUUUUGAAUGGUUUUGUCUUUUUUUUUAGAACAUUUUGGAUUCUAGUUAUGGCUUUUUAGCUUCUUCAUUUUUUCCUAUCAAUAAGAGUCUUGAUAGCAAAAUUUUCUCGUUGCUUGAUAGACAAUUUUGUUCUGGAAAUAUAAACUGCCUUUAGAAAACGAAUCUCUUAAAAAGUUAUGUGGGCUAACAAAGUGCUAUGGUUGAGGCUUGUAGCUUGAGGCGUAACGCAAGCUUUCAGUACAUUAAACAAUUGAAGUAAGUAAGGAGUGAGCAAAGGCCCAAACAGAAUCGGACCCAAUGACAUGAUGGUUGGUAGUUUACCAGCUCAAGUUAUUAAGCUAAUGCGGUGAUGAACUUCUUAAGUUGGUUCCAAGAUUUGGCAGUAAAUUGUUCAGGGUCUGAAUGAAACUAAUGAAACCUAAAGGGGUUAAAUGGAUAAAUAUGAAAAUGGAAGCUUUAGCGAAACGUUAUUUGCGUUUAUAGGGUCCCACGCAGUGUCAACAACGUGAAGGCGGUUUUGCUUGUGCCACAAAUCAAAGCAACCUUAUAUUUUCUAUUUGCAGCAAACACCAAUCAAACAACCCAUCUAUUUAUUUUCACUUUUUUUAAAAACAAAAUAUGUCUAACCUUUCAGUAUUUAUAUUUUUUUUAAUCAUUUUCAUUCUAUGAUGUAUGGAGUAACUAUAAAUAUGGUGUAUAAUAUAAUUAGAGUGAAGAAACUGAUUUGUAGACGUGACUGUAACAGAGUGAUAUGCCUAGCUGUAGACACUCAUGGUUUCAUCAGCGUGAAGCGUACCUAAUGCUAGGCAAACUUAAAACAGCUAAUAUUAACAGCAUUUAUAAAAAAAAAGUCACCCAGACAAAAUUCCAAGUAGUAAAUUAACAACUUAUUAACAGCAGCAUUACCAUCGAUAUUUAUUUUUUGAUAAAAAAAUAGUU